CCGCAGGACAGGGAGGAGACGAGGCGGCGGGACGGCAGCCCGGGGAGCUCCCGCUGCUCCCCUGCCCCGACGGAGCAGGAAUUGGAAAAAGGCAAACUCGGGGUCUGGAUAAAAUCUUUUCCAAGACGGAGUUUUGUACAUUAAAGUAAAAAUGGGCCUGGUCUGUUCAAAAUGCUCCAAGGUCAACAAGCAAAAUCGGAUUCUCCUCCUGGGACUCGAUUCAUCGGGGAAGUCUACACUGCUGUACAGAUUAAAGCUUGCGACGGACGUAGUGACUACUCCGACAAUUGGAUUCAAUGUGGAGAUGAUUGAAAUGGAGAAAAAGAUUUCCCUAACGGUCUGGGAUGUUGGUGGGCAGCAAGAAAUGAGGAUGUACUGGCGUUAUUACUGUGAGAAUAUAGAUGGACUGGUCUAUGUUGUGGACAGCUCGGACAAUCAAAGUCUAGAAGAGUCAAAGAGAGAAUUUCAGAGCGUCUUAAAAUACGAAAACAUAAAAAACGUGCCUGUUGUCCUUCUGGCCAACAAACAGGACCUACCCGGAGCCCUGAGUGCCGAAGAGAUAAUCAAGAAGUUCAACAUGGAGAAAUACUGUAGCGAUCGAAAAUGGUACGUGCAACCUUGUUGUGCCCUAUCAGGGGACGGGCUAGCGGAAGGAUUCAGGAAAAUAACUGGAUUUGUAAAAAGCCACAGGGAAGAAACUUUGGCAAAAUUAAGGCUGUGAAAGAUACCAAACUGCAUGACUUGAGGGGUGUCAAACUUGAUCUCUUUUGAAGAUGCAGGAUUUCAAACUACAGAAUAUUAAAAUCACCACCGUGUUCCAGAGAAUGGGAAAGCGGGGAAGAUAGGCAAGUCAUCAGAUUUUAUCGCAGCAAACAUUUUCUGAAGUCUCAUUUCAAUCCAUUUUAAAUUAAGUUACACAGAAUACAUAGUUAGAGGCCAAACUUAGGUACUGUUAAAGAAGUUAUUUAAUAACCAUCUUGUUUAAGAUCACAGCGGUAUGAAGAUUUAAAAAUUUGAUAAUGUGAAAGUAGCAUUUUUGUUCUAAGCACAGAUGUCUUAGAGUGAACCAGCUUAAAUUUCUUUGUAAAUUGGAAUUAUUUAUUGUCUUACUGUAUUUUUCAAUACAGUUAAUAUAUUAUCGUUAUGUUCAUCACUAGCAGAGUGCUUUCCCACUUGGCUAUUCACUGUUACUUUACUGUGGUAAUACUGUGACGUUGUGAAAACCCAAAGAAACCCAAAGUUCAAGCAGGUUGAGGCAGAGGCUAUACAUGCACACAACUGUUACUUCCUACUCCAAAACUAUAUUUCCAGCUCAUGGAUCAUGUUAUAACCCAGAACUGACUCAACUUGAAAGAAGAUAGUGCCCUAAUUCUUCCCGUGUUGCGUUAUAUCAAAAUCGGGUGAUGGAAAUUUGUAUUGUAACAGAUUAAGGUGUAUCAUUUGUACGAGAGCAUAAACUAUUGACAUUAACUAACUGGAAACAGAACGUCUAGGAGAAAUUCGUUUUUCAAAAUAAAGCUCUUUUUAUUAAAGA